AUGAAGUUCUCAACCUCAUCCCUCGUCCUGAGCCUGCUCCUUGCCCUGUCAUCAGCUGCGCCUGUGACUUCCCCAGCCAAACGCGCUCUCACGGCCCAGUCAUACAGCCAAUUCCAAGUUUCGGACGGCGUUGCGGGCAAUGCUCUGGCCGAGGUGAAUGCAAACUUUCCGAUCGACCUCACAAACCUGGCCUCCGUAUCAGCUGCAGAUUUAAAGGUCCUCAAGACUGCGGCGCAGGUGGCCGAGCAAGCGGAAGUCGGGACCGGCGGGUUCAAUGACGAGCUGGAGGCCCUCGGCAACGGGGACACCACAGCGUUGCAGAACGGGAAGAUCAAGAACAAGGUGCUCAAGCUGCAGUUGCAAGUGCUGGCGCUGCAGGUCCAGGCCGCGCAGGGAGAUGCAGACCAGGCGAAGCUCGAUGAGGAGACGACCAAGUUAAAUAAGAACGUGGCUUUGGAUGUGGCUGCGAAGGGGCAGGCGAGUGUGGGUGUCACCAAAACUUUCUCUGGGUGA